GCGUCGUUGAUGUGUACGAAACGUAACUGCCGAGUCAUCACGCUUCAUUCUUCGUCUUUUCCUUUUCCUCUGCAAAACCAAAAGGGUCAAAGUAUGUGACUUUUUCUGGGUAAAAUUUUUCCCCCUGUUUUCAAAUUAAAAUUCAUCACGCAAAAACAGCACCAACGAUUCGAUAAUAGUAGUUGUAUAUUAUUGUAUUGGAAUUUGGAUAAUGAUUGUGAAUAUUGGGAAUGAGGGUGUUGGUGCUGGAGAAAGAGACAGAGGGUGGUUUAGGAGAUUUGGAAGCUUCAUUAGGAGGAAGCAAGUUGAUUCUGCUCAUCACAGGAGUCAUUCUCAAUUGGCUAGGAAGUUAUCUGUAGUUGAUCUUGUUGGAAUUGGGGUUGGAGCUACAAUAGGAGCUGGAGUGUAUAUUCUUAUUGGAACAGUUGCUAGGGAGCAGGCAGGACCAGCACUUGUAUUAUCAAUCUUAAUUGCAGGAAUAGCCGCUGCGCUAUCAGCUUUCUGUUAUGCAGAACUUGCAUGUCGAUGUCCGUCAGCAGGGAGUGCUUAUCAUUAUACCUACAUAUGCAUUGGAGAAGGGGUUGCUUGGUUGGUAGGUUGGUCCUUGAUUCUAGAAUAUACAAUUGGUGCUUCAGCUGUUGCUCGUGGCAUAACCCCGAAUCUGGCCUUGUUUUUUGGUGGUGAAGACAACCUACCUUCAUUUCUGGCUCGUCAUACCUUACCGGGUCUUGGAAUAGUGGUUGAUCCAUGUGCAGCUGUAUUAAUUAUUCUUAUUACCAUCCCCUUGUGCCUUGGAAUCAAGGAGAGUUCAACAGUACAAUCCAUUGCGACAACCAUAAAUGUCUCUGUCAUGCUAUUCAUCAUUACAGUUGGUGGAUAUCUAGGUUUCAAAACCGGAUGGGUUGGUUAUGAUCUCCCGAGCGGGUUUUUUCCUUACGGAGUGAAUGGGAUGUUUGCUGGGUCUGCAGUCGUUUUCUUUUCAUACAUUGGUUUUGAUACAGUUUCCGGUACAGCUGAGGAGGUCAAAAAUCCUCAACGAGAUUUGCCAAUCGGCAUAUCAACUGCAUUAGCUAUAUGCUGCGUUCUGUAUAUGCUUGUAUCAGCAGUUAUUGUUGGCUUAGUACCGUAUUAUGCAUUGAACCCUGACACCCCAAUCUCCUCAGCAUUUUCUAUCUAUGGGAUGGAAUGGGCAGUGUAUAUAAUAACAACCGGAGCUGUCACUGCUCUUUUUUCCAGUUUGUUGGGGUCAGUUCUUCCUCAGCCACGGCUCUUUAUGGCAAUGGCUAGGGAUGGCCUUCUACCCUCCUUCUUCUCAGAUAUCUAUAGGCGCACACAGAUUCCUUUGAAAAGCACUAUUGUCACUGGUCUUUUUGCUGCUGUUCUUGCAUUCUUUAUGGAUGUUUCUCAGUUAGCAGGAAUGGUUAGCGUGGGAACAUUGCUUGCCUUUACCACGGUUGCAGUUUCAGUUUUGAUAAUCAGAUAUGUUCCACCUAAUGAAGUUCCAGUUCCAGCUUCACUUCUAACAUCUGUUGAUCCAUUAUUGAACCAAUCUGGUAGUGAUAUUGAAGAAGAAACGACCAUGAGUCCCGUAGAUCUUGCUAGUUAUUUUGAUAAUAGUGACCUACAUGACAAGCCAGACAUCCGGCUUGAACAUCCUUUAAUCAUAAAAGAAGUGACCAAAGAGGAACAGAAUGAGAAUACUAGGAGAAAAUUUGCCGGAUGGAGCAUAUCCUUUCUAUGUAUAGGGAUUCUCAUGGUAACCGGUGCAGCUUCAGUCGAAAGGUGUCCCAGGGUUUUGCGCGUUACAUUGUUUGGCGUGGGUGUAAUUGUUCUUUUCUGCAGCAUAAUUGUACUGGCCUGCAUAAAGCAAGAUGAUACCAGACACAGCUUUGGACACUCUGGAGGUUUUGCUUGCCCAUUUGUUCCAUUCCUACCUGCUGCCUGCAUUCUUAUAAACACCUACUUACUAAUUGAUCUUGGGGCUGCUACAUGGCUAAGAGUUUCUGUGUGGCUGUUAAUCGGGCUACUUAUAUACUUGUUCUAUGGACGAACUCACAGUUCAUUGUUAAAUGCAAUCUAUCUUCCUUCUGCCCGUGCUGAUGAGAUCCAUCGAUCUCAAGCAAAUCAUUUAGCCUAGUAUUCACACAGCAAGCACUACAGUUACCUCACUUCAGGUUGAACUUGGAGAUGUAGUUCUGAAGUUUGUAUGAACUCCUCCGAAGAUGCAUCUCUGUAGCCUGUCUGUUUUAAUUUUUUCAGUUCUGUUUACGGUUUUAGGAGUUUUUUUUUAUUAUAACUGUUUGUAUUAGAUAUGGUGUAACCUGAUGUUUUUUCCAAACAUGUUGUGUCCUCGGAUGCCAAAUGUGUUGUUAUGUAAGAGGUCGAUUUGGCAACCAAUUUAAAAAUGAAAACGAGUUUGAAUUUCGUGAUCA